UUGAGCUCCCGGUUCCCGGGACUACAGCAGCCUGGCUGCCGCGCAGUAACAGCGACCCGCCAAGACCUUCUCUGUCUGGCUGGGAUAUUAACUGAACUGCUGGGAACACAACACCGACAGGCGGGUCGCUAAAGUCCUCGAAUCAAACACUUGACGGACUAAACUCUCACUUGAAUGGAAGCGGACGGUUUCGUGUGCCGGCGAACGUCCGUGGAAACGCCGGGCGUCGAUAGCCGGGUCGCAGGCGCCGCAGCCGAGGCAGAGUUUCGAUGGCUGGGCGGCAGGCUCCUGGACACCACUGGAGGAAUUGUCGGGUCUCUUUCAUCAAGAAUGGCAGGGGAACAGGACUUUGCCCCGGUGUUGCAUCGAGCAACUCCGGAGACCUCGACCUUUGUCGAGCCAGAAGUAGACUAUGAAGGAUUGCCUCAGGGAGUAGCCACCAGCACACACAUGCUGGCAGGAUCCGUGGCUGGAAUCAUGGAGCAUUGCCUUAUGUAUCCCAUCGACUGUGUCAAGACUCGAAUGCAGAGCCUACAUCCUGAACCAGGAGCACGCUACAGGAACGUUAUGGACGCCCUGCGGCAGAUUGUGCGGACUGAGGGCGUGUGGCGGCCAAUCAGAGGUGUGAAUGUGCUGGCGGUGGGCGCGGGCCCCGCCCACGCUCUCUACUUUGCCUGCUACGAGAAGAUCAAGUUUUCACUCGGUGACGCAAUUCACCCCGGCACUAACAGCCACUUUGCUAAUGGAGUGGCGGGCUGCAUGGCCACAUUGCUGCACGACGCCAUCAUGAACCCAGCUGAAGUUGUGAAACAGCGAAUGCAGAUGUUCAACUCACCUUACCGCAGCGUGGUGGACUGCAUGGGCUCGUUGCUGAGGCGCGAGGGACCUGCCGCCUUCUACCGCAGCUACACCACCCAGCUGACCAUGAACGUGCCCUUCCAGGCGCUCCACUUCAUGACCUACGAGUACCUCCAGGAGCUCCUCAACCCUCACAGACAGUACAACCCUUCCUCUCACGUUGUGUCCGGUGCGCUGGCCGGAGCCCUGGCCGCCGCUGCCACCACUCCCCUCGACGUCUGUAAAACCCUCCUCAACACACAGGAGGCUCAGGCUAUUCAUGUGAUCCAGGCCGAGGCAGCAGCCGGAGCGGUCGGAGCAGCCGCCACCAGCCGCCACAUCUCUGGUCUGGGCGAGGCCUUUCGGACGGUAUACAGAAUGGGAGGCAUGCCAGCUUUCUUCAAGGGCGUCCAAGCCCGAGUCAUCUACCAGAUGCCCUCCACAGCCAUCAGCUGGUCAGUCUACGAGUUCUUCAAAUACAUCAUCACCAAGCGGCAGCAUGAGAGACGGCUGCGUGGAGACCGUGACGGAGACAAAUAAACACCUGGCAGUAGGAUUGGGUAUCAGAAACACAAAGGUUUAUUGCACCAUACCGAUCACUGGUAUCGGUAUUGAUUUGUAACAUCUGAAGGUUUGAAAAAACCCAGAAUUUUAGGUUCUUUGAGCAAAAAGUCAACAAUUAUCUUGUUUACUGAGAUCAAUUAAGCUCAGUCUGAUCUAGUCUUUCGUUAGAUGUGGGGUUGAAAAAAUUUCCAUUAUAGCCAUCCAUGGCUGACAGGAAGUGAUGAUGCUACUUCCUGCAUUUGCUUUCAAAAAGCAACUAAUUUAUGGAGUCAUUUAGUAACGGUAAAGUUGGAUUUGUCCCCUUGAUCAAAGGUUACUUCCUCGUGACCUCUUACACUGCAGUUUGUUAGCAUUUAGACAUUUUUGUUUUGAUCCUGGACUCCAGCACACAAAGACUCUGAAGUCAAAGUGCUGACUAAGCUUUAAUUUUACGGUGUUUAUAUUCACUUCCAAUGAACUUGGUAGAAAUUGUAGCAUUUUUAUACACACCACCCAACAGGACAAAAAGUCCUACACUGAUGGGAAAACUCUCAGAUACCCUUAAAGCAGAAAGUCAGCACUUUAACAUCAUAGUUACAAUCCUCUGGGUUUGAGUCCCGAGUCUAAACAAAAAUGUGUCCCUAUCCAAAUACUGUAGAACUGGGUGAACACCCACCUCUUAACUGCACAUGUUGCACUUCUGAAGUAUUAAAACCAUAUUACACUCUGACCACAGGGGUGGGCUUACAAUAACAGAAAAGAAAAGGACAAAAAAAAAAAACAGAAAAAACAAAGGGAUGUUACAGAAUCAGCAAUAUUGGAUUAGUCUGAAUACUUGUGCUGGUGUACAGUAACACUUCACCCAGAGCGAGAAACAUAAAAACUGUUGUGAAACAAGUAAUUACAUUCAAAUUACGCAAUUCCAUCUCUCUCAUACGGGCGACACAUAGCCUGUAAGUUUUGGUUUGACAAUAACUCAAGUAUUCAACACUUGAGUGGAGAAGGGGUGUGUGUGUGUGUGUGUGUGUGUGUGUGUGUGUGUGUGUGUGUGUGUGUGUGCGUGCGUGCGUGCGUGCGUGCGUGCGUGCGUGCGUGCGUGCGUGCGUGCGUGCGUGCGUGCGUGCGUGCGUGCGUGCGUGCGCGUGUGAAACAUUCAGUGCAGCAAAAAUGAUGCAAUAUCUUUUAAAGAAGUCCUUGGUUAACACAAUUAUAACAUUUCAACAAACUGAAAAUGUUCAUUUUCAGACAAAAAAUUGUUCAUAAACUAAGGAGCUUUUAUUUUCUCCUCAUAGUUCAUAUGUAGGGUUUUGGAACAAGAAUCUUUUUAUUGCAGACAACAAAAAAGGCAAGAGCAUUCACCUUAGACAAACACUUUUGAUCAGUUUUACUUAGUUUUCAUUGUAAAUCGCACAGCAUCCUAGCACUUAAUAGCUACUUCUUUAUCAUUGUUAGGAUAAAAAGUAACUUUGACACGUACGAGUAUGGAGGAUAAAAAUCUACUUCUACACAUGCCUUCAGUUAGCCGCCAUACAUCCAACGCACAACUACUACAAAGAAAUCCUCAGAUAUAGAAGUAAUAUUGUGUUUUGAAGCCAUAAAUUGUACCUAAUAUAUAUACAUAUAUAAAUAUGGGCAAAUAUAGAUAAACCCAAAAUCUCUAACCAGCUAAGUUUUGGAGCUAACUUGUAUGUUGGAAUAUACGAAUAAGAAACCAUACAAGUUUUAUCAAGACUGCUCUGUAAAAAAAUAAAUGCAGGUUUUUGUAGAAAGUGCACAAAAUCCUCACCUGGAAGGAGGCAAAAAGGAAAACCUGGAUGACUCUAAAAUUCAGACAGAUCAUAUGUGUGUGUGUGGUGGGGGGGGGGGGGGAGACAAAGUGGAUAAAGAGUAUUUAAUUAUGACUGUAGGAGUGUUCCUCAUGUUAAGCCAAGUUUAAACAUUGGGAAACCAAAGACUGAGAGCAACAGAGAAAGGCAGGAGAGGAACUGGUGGUUUGUCAGAUGACAACACUAAUGUGAAAUGCUUGAACACUGUUUGAAAGCGACGCCUGUAUUUUGUGAAUUGUAAAUAAACUCGCUAAGGCAGCUCCUCGCAGAAGCAGGGUCUUCUCUUGGUGCUGGCUCUCCAAGCGCUGAGAGAAUUUAUAA